AUGAUGAAUCGAAGGAGGAGAAUUGUUCAUUCGUCCUGUCCAUUCUUCUUCUCCUUUGGUCGAGCGAUGGCAAAUCAAAACGAUGGUAUUUACUAUUUGGAAAAUAUAUCUUCUCGGAGCAACCCAAAUGCAACGCUGACGAAAACGGGAAAAGGAAGUGGAAUUAUAUUUUUCAUGUGUUUAGGCUUGAUAGUCGCCCUUGUGUUGGGCUAUUUAGAUGUUGCGAAUGGUUGGAGGCCUCUGGCUCGUUUUCUUCCUCUCGGAGGUGAUAAAGUGGACGAGUUUGGAAAUCAGAGUGGUCAAUAUUCAACGAGAAAAUUAGUGUAUUCCACAUCGAGAAUUAUUCUUGAUGUUGCUCUCAGUAGAAAUACAUCAAAAUGUUACAACCCUGAUUUUUCAAAACAGCAAGAUCCUUCGGUAAUACUGCAGAUGGAUGAAAAAUCUUUAAUAAGUCAAGAAGCUCAUGUGCUACAUAGGCUAUUUGACAGCGGCUAUGCAGAAUACAUGUAUAGAAGCAAACAAAAUGUAAAUAUUUACAACGUCACUCAGGAGUUGUACUUGGCUCCAGGAAACAUUCGAAUGCCCUCUCCUCAAGCAUUCAAAAUUCUGUCAUUGGCAUCUAUGGAAGAUCGAAUUCUGUGUUGUAGGGAUGGUUUUUUGACACAGCUGACACAAGACCACAUCGUAAUCACACACUUUAAUACAGGAAUGAAACGAAUUAUGGACUGUGACAUUACAUCAUCUAAAAAUACUACAAUUAUAAAUGUCUUUGGAAUACAGACCAUUGAAGGAGGACUAACUUCUGCCACUAUAAUGAGAAUUGAAUGGGAGAGCUUAGCAUCUAGAUCUGCAGAAAUAUUUGUUCUUGAAAAACAAAAAGACCAGCAAUACAUUGACUCAUUUUUUGGAAGGAUUUUAAGAUCAAAUAUAGACCAAAUAUUGAUAGCUGGUUCUUCUCUGGAUAACUAUUUUAAAAUAUUUAGAAUUAGUAAUAACGAUAUAGCAAUUAUGAGCGAGUCUUUAAUUAAUUUAGACUCACUACCAAUGCAGCAUCACUUGCCUCAAUUAUUUAAUCAGUUUGCUCUUCCUUGUGAAUUAUUUGAAGACAGCCAAAAAACAACAAUAUUUUCUGUAGCAAUGAACUCUGCAAGAACAACAUUCUCUUUGGUAUCAAUGGAAGCCAGUACUUCUCAGGAGAGUGUUUUUAUUUUGAAAGAGUAUUUACCGUUAGUCGAUCUAUCCUCAGAUGUGAACAAGUCCACGAUCGAUAACAUUUUUUUGUUUAGAGGGGAAAAUCUGCCGAUAGUGGUCGCAUAUAGCACAGCAAGAAUCUACCAUUCCACUCUCUUCAGAAGUGAAGGAAAGCUGGACCAGUAUUUAUCAAAUAUACCAUUAAUAUCGUCCAAAGGUGGAAAGCUUCAUAAUAUGAUGAUGAUAAAUUAUUGUGACGACCGAAACAGAACACUAUUUGUAGAAGUAAGGGAAAAACAAAUUUUAACAUUCUCAUCAACUUGGAGCAACACUACAUCAUCGUUGAAUGAUUACAAAAUUGGAUUCGUUAGCGACUACAUGCCAGCGUCAGUGGAAGGAAAGAGGAUUCAAUUAUUUGAUGACUAUGUAUUUGAUGGGAAUAUCACUACUUUCAAUACCAACAGUACAUCUGUAGUUGAAAUUCGUUAUUCCAUCAAUAACCCUGAAAUUGGUAUGAAAGCUACAGCCAUUCACCUUAUUCGGUUUGAAUUUGAUCCACAAAAAUAUUUUAUUAAUGGUGUAGAAACUCUGCUAAUGAUUUCCUAUAACCCAAUACCUGAAAUAUCAAAGGACCUUACAUCUUUCUUUCCAUAUUCAAAUGACUCACUGCUUGUUGCUGUUAAUUAUAGAAAUGGCUCUCACAUUUAUUCUGAAGUUAUUGAGUUUCAAACGCAAGAUUGGACCAUCACAAGAAGAAAACAAUUUGAUAACACCAUUUUUUCAGAUUCUCUUUACAUCUAUAAUGAUUACUUAUACCUAGCGAACGCGACGUCUAGCGUUGCCAUUUUAAGCUUACAAGAUUUUUCGUCGUUUUUCUUACCGCUGGACAAUACUGCAAGUAGUGAUUCUGAUCAAAUAGAGAAGACAGUGAAAAUUUCUUCAAUAAUCCACAAAAAUAUGUCACAACUCAUUGAGACCGACCCUAAACCUAUUUUCCCUUUGAAACCUUAUAUUUUCUAUGCCACAUCAAAAGGUAAAAUUUAUCAGAUGGAGCUUGAUGGAAAAAACACGUACAUUGAUUACGAGAAUACCAUCUCACUGAAGAACACAUCAUUGGUUCCCAUGUCCGGAAUAUUUUUCAAUCUACACCUUUAUGUGACAUUUUAUCCUGGUCAGAUAUUGGAUGUUGAAUUUCAAGAAACCUAUAAGAAUGGAAAAUAUUCACUCCUUCCAGUUAGCCAGAAAAUUUACAACCUUCCUUUUAUCCAGAAUACUCGAGAUGUUUAUUCCACCAAAUGGACAGCAGAAAUUGAUUGCUAUGCAGAGUAUACUUACUUUACUGGGGAUGAUGAAGCGAUUUACAAGUUAGAGAUGAGAUCUGUCCCUUUUUCCUUGUAUGAUAUUGAACCAGUUAAUAUUUAUCAAAUAGCAGACAUGAAAACAUCAGAUACCAGUGGGACCCUGUUGUUGAUUGACCUCAAAGGCCAUGUUAUAAUUAGAGAUAUUUCAUUAUAUCCAGAUAUUAGAUUUUAUCUUGUCAUUGCCGUAAUCGCUUUGCUCAGUGUGACGCUAUUUGUCAUCAGCAUUGUGUGUAUCAUUCCUGUUAUUAUGAGAUACAGAAGAAGACAGUUAAUUUCUGAGAAGAGGAAAACAUUCAGAGAGCUCAUUGUGAAAAGCAGUUUAGGAGGGCUCACCAUCCAAAAGAGAUUAUAUUUGGUGAACGCUCAUAAUAUUUUUAUCAAGAAGAGAUUUAGACCAACUAAUUUCAUCACAAACUUACCUCAUUCACAAGGCCCUCAUGGAAUUAUGUUUGAUGCAACACUUUCGAACACUCCAAUCAUGCUAAAGAAGGUCACAACACCUUUCAAUGUUUACAGAGAAGAAUUGAUUGAGGAAGCAAAACAGUUAGCUGUGCUAAGACAUAAAAACAUUCAAAGCUAUAUUGGAAUCUCAAUAGAUGACACCAACACAAAAUAUAUCAUUUAUGAAAAGUUGCCGGAUUAUGUUUGCUCUUUGAGAGAAUAUGUCGAAGCAGGAAUUAUUCAGGCAAGUCCAAACGUACCACAAGCGAAUAAGGACUCUCUCGACAAGUAUUCCAUUUCAUUCCAGGAGAAACUGCAAUUAAUUAGAGAUACAAUCAAUGGCUUGUCCUAUCUUCACAGAAAGGGAUUACUGAUGCACGGAAAUCUUAAACCAAGCAACAUUUUAGUGCAUUAUGUCGAGCCAAAAGAAACAAAAACAAUUCCGGAUGAGGAGAAUGAUAAGUCAAGGCUGGUAUCUAGUGUUAACGUUUUAGGGGUUGUUGACCGAAAUGUUGCUCGAGUCACUGAUUACGGAUUUUUGAGGUAUUGCAAGGAUGUAGUAUUUACCGAAACAGAUCUCAUGUUUAAAAGUCCUGAAGUGCUUCAGCGAAGGGAAUCCACUCCUCUGAACCUCGAUUUUAAGAGUGAUAUUUACGAGUUGUCAAUUGUCAUGUUCUCUUUGCUAUUCCUUAGAAUGCCUUAUGAAGUUGUGAACAUAUCCCAAAUCAUAAGUGGAGAGUUGAGGCCACGAUUUCCAUUUGAUCUACACAAUGAUGAUUCCAUUUGGAAAUGGUUUGGUACUUUUUACGAAAAUGAUGACUACUUGGGUACAAUCAAUUUCAACAUUUUGCAUCACGAUCCCAACAAAACCAAGUCAUCUCUCGUCAAGAACAUGAAAAAAAUUUGCUCUACAUUAGAAUCCAUGUGGUCCUCGAAUCCAAGUGAAAGACCUUCCACAAAGCAAUUGUUAGAAAGUCUCAAGGAUAUUCUUCCUUAA